GCUCUUUGGACAGGGGAAAGGCCGAUUGUAUCCAUUCCCUGCACCGAAACCUUGGCCAGACAUCCACUGUCUCAAACUAGUUUUGCUUUUCUACUCGUCCCAAUGAUGAAGUUGGCAGAACCUAGGUGGUUAUGCUUGAUGUUAAACAUUCCUCGUCAUCCAGGACGUAACUGCCCCUUUCGCCACGCGUUCAAUGCUGCUGCUGCUGCGGCGAGCAUUUACAACCUCUCUAGCAUAGGAAGGUGGAAGGUUUCCGCGCGGUCUCGGCUCGAGGUCGUCAUUUCAACCGCCAAGGCCGCUCAGGCGUAUGUUUUACCCACAAGGACCACGUACGCGGCCGCUCCGCCCAAAGCUUGGCUUGUGUUUGGGUCGAGUCAAUUGCGGAGCUCGCAACAGAGCGACCGGAUCGCUAUCCGGGCGGUCUGGGCACUGGCCAAUGGCGUGGCGAGGAUUGCUCACCAUUUUGCAGAUGUCUCAGUCGCCCACCAGCAGAUCGCAUAUCCACACACAAGCUUACGCAAGCCUCCUUCCCGUUACAACUGGCACUGCUUUUCAAACGUCUUCUUUUCUAUAGGUCCAGCUGAUGCCAAGCUCCGUUCCUGCAUAUCCGUCCCACCCCCCUAGGGCCUUCCACGGGCUAGUUUCAUAGUGUCCGCUUCUUUCUGCCCGCUACCACCAGUUAGCUAUACCACGUUUGCUGCCAUAUCUAAGACAUAUGACGAUAACCGGUGAAAGCCAGAAGACGGAGGUUCAUGCGCCGGCAAACACGUCGCCCUUGUCGACUCGGCUUCUUUGUAUCCGAUUUCCAUGUCACAAAGCUUUGAGCUAGUUCAAUCAAACAUGAGGUAUAUAUAUAUAUAUAUAAAC